CCCGACAGAGUGGAGCCACGCAGCAGAGAGCUCAGCCCGUUACUGCUGCACUUCAUCAGUAAGGAGUUCUACCCAGCUGACCUGCAGGUGGCUCCCACACAGGACCUCAUAAAGAAGAGCAGCUCCUCAUCAGAGCAGGAAAUGGGUGAAGAGGUAGAUGCUGACAUGGAAGAAAAGGAAGAAGAUUCCAAACAACCCAAGAAGAAGAUCCCUAGAAAAGCAGCAGCCAAGCAGCUCAUUGCACACUUGAAGGUCUUUUCCAAAUUCACCAACCCAAAAGCUUUAUAUAUGGAGGCAAAACUAAGUGAACUGUACACCCAACUUCUGUGCCAUAAAGACCAACAAAUCCAGAAAAUAGCACUGGACUGUUUGAUGACAUACAAAGACCCAAACAUUCUGGCUUACAA